CGCGACCUCGCGGUUGUGUGUUUGUCGUCUGCACAGCCGUUUGCCCGCACAAGUUGCAGACAUCGCCGGUGCAGUUUGAGUGUGCAGUUUUUUUUCUUUCUGUUCGUUUGUGCGUGUGUGAGUCUGUCGGUGCGUGUGUUUUUGUGGAGCUAAGCCACCCUUCUUACUGCGGUCGUUAGGAUUCUCCCCAAUACCACAGUGCCCAAAAGGAGGGGUUGGUGAUUUUGGGUUGGUUGUGUGCGGUAUCGCCGAAAGCCUUUCAGGCCGUAUUGUAAUUCGCGUUGGAAAUCGGGAAAGAGGGGACAAGAAGCGACAACCACAGAGCCGCAGAGAAAUUAUACUGAGUGCAAACAGCACACCCGGUGCUGCAUAAACGUGCAAAAGCACAGGGCAAGGAGGAGGGACGGAUAAUUAGGUGUCGGUUGCAGAAGAUUGCCGAUAAGGAUCGAACGCCGGGCGUGUGCGGUGUGGAAGUGUUGUUGUGCUGCUGCCGUGGAAAUGAGCGUCCCGGCGUUCGGCUUCACCGUUGAGUGUGCAAAAAUCAUAGCCUGCUGAGUACGGCACGGCAAAUAGCAGAAAAAAACGCACCGAACGUACGACAGUCCUUGUGUCAAAAACCGUGUCAAAGUGUCCUCCACCGCGGAUGCAGCGCCAGAAACAAACCCGGGAGGUUAAUUGCAAGUGUGUACUUAGUUUAAGUGCGUUCGUUGCCGCGUGAAGCUUCGAACCGGACGUCCUACCACCACCGCACAGCGCCCCCGGGGGAUGGCCGUUGCUCCAACCGGCCGACGGGUUACACUUUCACACGAGCCGUUUCUGCCGUGCGUUUAUGCAACCCAUCAACGGUUGCACUGCCGUGUGAAAGUGGUCGACAGUGGUGGAUGCAGUCGGUGCAAAGGUGCAAACCUGCCUCGUACCCCCGGCGACCAAGAGGGUGGCCGUCCCGAUGAUGCGUGUGCAGUUUUGCGUGAUGUGAAUGCUUGGUGAGGGAAGUGAAGGAAAGGAAAUUGUGUAUAAAAGUGUUUAAAUUCCAUUAAAAUCAAAAGUGUAGCAAUGUGAUGCAGACGAAUGUUGGCGAUGAAUUGUGCCGGAUAAAUAUAUUCAAAAGAAGAACAAACAACAAACCUUGCCACUCUGUGCUCCGUAAACAGCGUGCUUGGUGAACGUGAAAGUGUCCCUAAAAGCGCACUGAAAACGCAUCAGACAGAAACGUCAAGACCACACAGGCUCACGACGACGGUUGGGCCAAUGCAAUAGGAAACACACCACCACCAGCAGCAGUUCACCCUCCCCGCACAAUUCCGAGUGCAGUGUGCCAAAGGACCGAACGAAACGCCACCCCACCCGCAGUAGGUCAAGAUGCUCCAAGGCAAACGGAACCUUCUGAAGCUAGUGAUAGUUCAACACAUUUUCCUCUACAUACCGUUAGCCGUUCUCGCUUCUAGCGUAGUCAGUAUGAACGAACCCCACAAUCUACUCACAGCAAGAUGUCGCUCAAACUGUACGUACAACCAACAGGUUAGUACGGAUAAAAAGAAAUGCUACAGCAUGUGCAUACGCAACUAUCUGGAAAACUCGGCCUACAAAAAGUACGGAGACUGUCCACCGAAACCACCGUCCAAGCUGGACAGCCUGUGCCUCAACACGUGCGACGGGCUGGACUACAAGUGUCCGGGUGUGGAGAAGUGCUGCGAGCAUUCGUGCGGCCACAGCUGCCAAAGCCCGUACGGGUUGGAUAAGGUCGCCGGUUUACCGCCCGUGCCAGGCCAGAUACAGCUGGUAGAGAUGGGCGGGUCCCGUACCGCCCAGAUCCAGUGGGACGUGAAGCUGGAGAGUGAGCAAAGCCCGACGUACUACAUUACCGAGUCGCGGUUUCACAUCGGUUAUGCUUACACCGAGCACAGGAUGGAAAACGACUGGCAGCCACAUGUGCUGGAAACGUUCACGCAGUAUAACAUGGGCACGGUGACGCGUUACGAGGGGGAGAUUAAGCUAAAACCGGGCCGGUGGUAUCAGGUGCGGAUGGCCGCUGUAAACCGAAUGGGUACCCGUGGCUAUUCGACACCGUCACGACCGUUUAAGCUAAGUGCAAAGCCAAAUCGACCCCAACCACCGAGCAGCCUCACUGUUGGUCCGCUGAUACUGAGAGAAGACCGUACGUACAGCUGUCGGGUGAAUUGGUCCUUGCCCCGGUCGGACCUGCCGGUGGAAAAGUACAAGCUCGGCUGGAGUCUCUACCUAAACCAUACCACCAAUCGGUCGAAAACGGACAAAUCAUCCCUGUUCAAGGAGAUGGCCACCAUCACAGCGCCUACCCGGUUCUAUGACAUCCAGGGGUUGCUGCCGAACCGGUACUACUAUCUACAGCUUCAUGCAAUCAGUGUUUACGGCAAGAAACGGCUCAAGUCCAACGCCCUCCAUCUGCUAGUAAACACCUCCUCCGCCUCACCCGUACAGGACGGUGGUGGUACACCGCUCAACCUGGACAACCUGCUUAUGGGUGAUGCCGGCUAUCGACGGUCGACAAAAAGCCAGCCCAGCCUCAAGGAUGGCCUACUACACGCCGGAUCCGGGCUGUCCGGCGCAGCAGGAACCACCGGUAGAUCAAUCGGUCACGGAGUGCCGACAAUGGGCACGAUACGGUACCACUUUGCGCUGCGCAAGUCGGGUCUAGCCGUUCGGCUUGGCUGGUCCGAGCGGGGUUAUGGCCGUUACAAGGUGCACAUGUGUCGUGGGAAUCGAGAAUGUCUCACGCUGCCACGGAACAGUGCGACCGGCAACGGCAACCACUGGCAGGAUGCCGUACUGCGGCGCAAUACGUACGAGUUCGGCAAGCUAGAGUUUAAUACCCGUUACACGGUGGGCGUACGGAUAGGCGGACAUCGACGCGCCAGCCCCGGGUACGACAUUGUCCGCACGUUCGUAACGCCCAAAUGUGACAAGUUUCGUGAUCAAGAACUGCUACCAUCGGAGUGUAACGUUCAAUAGGGUGGGUGGGUGAGCAAGGAGUUGUACGCGGAUGGUUAACGCAGGUGUGUUUUGUGUGCAUGUGUAUGUGUGUAUGUGUGAGUGUGUACUGGUGUGUGUUAUCCUUUACUAAGCUUGAUGAUUGCAAUAGAUGCUCUAUCACCCCAUC